UAGUUACGGUGUCAACGCCACCAUGAUCGGCGAUUCGAAGAAGCUAAGCAGUCCCAGCCUGGUUCGAAAAGCGACCGUGAACCGCAGCCAUGGUGAUACGCUGCAAAAAGUGCAAGCCCAGGUGUGUCCAGACUUCAACUCGAAGUCCAACUCGUACAACAACUACGGCUACUCGAAAUCCCCCUACCACAACAAUUCUCAUUCGUAUUCGUCUUCUCCUGCAAAUACGACCCCAUCGAUGAUAUUUUCACCAGCAGUGCUCUUAACGCCAAACCCAAGAAGAACCUUAGCAGAGAUGAGUACUACAGAGAAGAAACGAAACGGUACGAUCCUCUGAAAAGAAGUUUGACAGAAGGUACCAUCCAAAGGAACCGAGAGAAAAUUUACAAAGACCCAAUAGGAACUUAUUCGGAUACCGAAAGUCUUUCACCACCUGGUCAAUUUAGGAACAAUACUAGGUCACCUGAGUUCCAUGAAACGUA